GAAGAGUUCAUGGAAACUUCCGUCGAUUUUUAAAUAUGUAAUACAUGUUGUUUUCUUGUUUAUCAUGCAUGUAAUGAACAAUUUGCCACGUUUUAUUUAAAAGCAUACAUAUUACAUUAGUUUGUGCGAUGUCAGGGUUUAGCUCAGAACUCAUUGAUUACCUGGAAGGGAGGAUUUCAUUCGAGGAGUUUGAAAUACAGCGGGAGGAACGAAAAGCUAAGUUGAACCAAUCAAGUGAAAGGCAUUCUGAGGAUUAUGAGGAGAUUGGACCAGAUGACACACUACCCAGCACUUCUCGCGGACGCAUUUCGAGAAGUUCCAGAAAACGUCCUGCAACCGCGGACCAAGAAGGUGUUAGCCUCUCUGUCCAGAAGGCCUUUGCCUCCAUGAUAGGAGAGGGAACAGAAACUCUGCAGUCGGACGAGGUAGAAGAUGAUUACAAUUAUGAAGAAGAAGAGGAGGAGGAGGAGGAGGAGGAAGAGGAGGAGGAAGAUGAGGAUGGGGGAAAGGUUGAAGGUAAAGGACAGGAUGAAGGUGAUGAGGGGCCGUCAGCUGGCGAUGUCUUAGCUCUGGAGAUGGAGCUGAACAGGGAGAACAAGAAGAUGAUGAAGGAGAAACGUCAUCGCAGCAAACUUCCUCGCGCCCUUAGGGGCCUCAUGGGAGAAGCCAACAUCCGCUAUGCUCGCGGGGACAAGGAGGACGCCAUCCUGAUGUGUAUGGAGAUCAUUCGGCAGGCCCCAUUGGCCUACGAGCCUUUCUCCACUCUGGCUAUGAUCUAUGAAGAUCAGGGGGACAUUGAGAAGUCUCUUCAGUUUGGCCUGAUCGCUGCCCACCUCAACCCCAGUGACUGUGAGGAGUGGGUCAAGCUGGCCGACAUGUCUCUGGAGCAAGACAACAUAAAGCAGGCCAUCAUCUGCUACACCAAAGCCAUCAAGUACGACUCCAGUAACGUGCGCUACCUCUGGGAACGUUCCAGCUUGUAUGAGCAGGUGGGGGAACACAAGCAGUCCAUGGAUGGAUACCGGCGUAUCCUGAACCUACUGCCCCCUACUGACGGGGAGCACUUCAUGCAGCUAUCACGAGACAUGGCCAAGAGCUACUAUGAGAGUAGCGACCUGCCAUCAGCGGUUGGGGUAAUGGAGGAGGCUCUGAGGAGAUAUCCGGAGCUGGUGACAGACGAGAGCAUCAACAUGGCCGCCGAACUUUACAUCGCCAGUCACCAGCAUGGCAAAGCCCUACAGGUUCUUCUCCAGUUCUGUGGGAUUGUCCUGGAGAGAGGAGAACCCAAGCUGGGUCUUACCGAGCAGCAGAACCUUGAGGAACAGGAGAAGAUGGUCACAGAGGAGGAGAACCAUGAGAAACAGGAGGAGGAGAAUAAUGAGGAAAAGAAAAUGAGUACAGCAGAGGAGCACGGCGAGGUGACCCAGGUGGUGGUUCCUGACGAUGUCCCAGUGGACAUCAGAGUGAAGCUCAUGGUGUGUCUGAUCCACCAGCAUGUCUUCAAACCUCUGGACUCCAUGCUGGCCUCUCUGAUGGAGCAGAGUCCGGAGGACCUGGGAGAUCUGUUCCUGGAUGUGGCUGAGGCUUUCUUGGAUGAAGGACAGUACAACUCAGCGCUGCCCCUCCUCUCUGCCCUGGUCUGCUCGGAGCGCUACAACCUGGCUGUGGUCUGGCUGAGACACGCUGAGUGUCUGAAGGCGCUGGGUCACAUUGAGGUGGCGGUGAAGAGCUACACCAAGGUGGUAGAGAUGGCUCCGCUACACCUGGAGGCCCGGCUGUGUCUGUCCACCCUGCAACAGCAGCUGGGUCGCCCCCUCAGCGCGCUCGAGGCUCUGGAGCCCAUGUAUGACCCGGAGACCCUGGCCCAGGACUCCUCCGCAGCGCAGCAGGAAUUGAAGCUGUUAUUACAUCGCUCUACUCUCCUGCGUUCCCAAGGCCGAAUAGACGACUACCUGGAUACCAUGUUGACCAUGCUGGCUAUGCUGCUGAAGGUUGCUAUGACGCGGGCCCAGGUGUGUCUGAGGGCUGACGGGUCAUCGGGGGAACGCCACCUUAGUCUGGUCAAGGUGUCCAGGGACUUGGUGUCGGACAUCGACGACCAGGAGGCAGCUUAUCAGGAUGUCAGCGGUAAGACCAGUGUGUUGUCUCGUGAGGACUGGUGGAUUCUGUUAGUGAGGUGUGUCUGUACCUUGUGUGAGGUGAAGCGUUUUAAAGAGGCAGAGCUCCUGGUCGACUCCUCUCUGGAGUUCUACUCCUUCUACGAUGUUAAGGUAAAGAGGAAAGAGCUGGAGUAUUUUGGUCUGUCUGCAGCCUUCCUGGAUCACAACUACCGCAAGGCAUAUGACUACAUCAGAUUGACGCUGAUUGAAAAGCAGGAUUUGCCCAUGAUGUGGAACGUCUUCAAUCAGGUGACCAUUCACUCCCAGGAUGUACGACAUCAUCGGUUCUGUCUGCGCCUCUUGCUAAAGAACCCCGAUAACCACGCCCUGUGUGUUCUCAGUGGACACAACGCAUUGGUCUCUGGCAGCUUCAAGCAUGCACUCGGUCAGUACGUGCAGGCGUUCCGUGUUCAGCCAGAUGAACCCCUGUACAGUCUGUGUGUUGGCUUGACCUUCUUCCACAUGGCCGCACAGAAGUUUGUGGUGAAGCGUCACCCUCUGCUACUGCAGGGCUUCUCGUUCUUGUGGCGUUAUGUGGAGCAACGUGGGCACUGCCAGGAGAGUAUGUACAAUCUGGGACGGGCCCUACAACAGCUGGGGCUGGCACACCUCGCCAUCCACUACUACCAGAAAGCUCUCAGCUUCCCCCCCCCCAUGCUGGAGGGUAUAGAGACUGACCAGGUGGACCUACGUAGAGAGAUCGCGUUCAAUCUGUCAAUCAUCUACCAAGCCAAUGAAAACACAGACAUGGUGCGACACCUCAUCAACACUUACUGCACAGUAUGAUGGCAACUCCUCUUCUUCUUUCUUUUUUUUUUUUAGGGAAUUAUGUCCCUUGAGUUGCGCCAUCUAGUUUUCAAGAAAAAAUAACAAAUCUAAUAGUCAUUAUUUGAAAUAGUUUAUAUUUCUUCUAUUUCACUCACUCAGGGUACAUGUGAUAGUUGUGUUUUUGGAAUACCCACUCAGGGUCACAGUCGAGUGAUCAGCCUUUAUUGACGGAAUUUUGGCUCUGGGAUACAAUACAGCCACACUUUACUAAAUGCCCCAAUGCUCUUAACUGCGUGGCUUUGUUCUACUACAGUACAAUAACAUUGUUAUGCAAUUUUGUAAUGCUUAAUUGAAAAUGGGCUUUCUUGAAUUCACUUCAUGAUUUAAAUACACUGAUUUCUAAAGACAAACUGUUCCAGUCAUUUGAGCCUUUGUGUCUUACAGAUCUUACUCCAAUAUCAAGUCUCUUAGAAGUUUCAGUUUCUGUUGAAAGGAGUAGUGAGUUUCAUAAAUGAGUGAUUUCAAAAAUAUUUAUGUACAAAGUUUGUCCUAACACAGUUGUCUUUUAGAUGUGAGUUAUAGCCAGUUCAGUGUAUUAUACAGUGAUGUUUCUUAGAAGGGCAUCCAAGAAUUUAUCUACAAAUAGUCAUAAAUAACAUCUAUUGGUAAGGUCUUUGUAUUCACCACAACACAUAGCCUUAAGGUACUCUCUGUCUAAGAAUUAUACAACUAUCAGUUACAAAUAAACUCCGUCUAAUACCUUGCUUAAACCAUUGUAUACUGAUGUAAAAAUUUACGUUUAUUUAUUUUGUCAUGUAUAUAUUGUACAAAAAACGAGUGAAAUUUCCAAACACAGAAAUAAAAGGUGUUUGUUUA